AUCCCCUCUGUUUUUUUCUUUUUCAAGUAGGCUGGUUACUUUUUAAAUCAGAGUCAGACAUUGGCCAUUUUGAACGAAUAGCCAAGCCUCUCUUCUCCCACCUAAGUACUUUGAGACCACCCUACUGGCUAGGAGUCACAAAGCUCAGAAAAGUUACCUGCGACUCACAACUGAGUGUUCUUUGCUCACCUGAAACCCCGUGGCACACAGCCAAGCACUGAGAGGAACAAGAUGUUGCAUGAAAUCAAACUAUCCACAGCUGAAUGUGGCCCCCCCUCGCCCCCCCACUUGUGUGGUGGCCACCGUCGCUGCCUGGGCCCACUGGCCUUCCACACAGGGUCAGCGGGGUCCCAGAUCUCCCUCAGCCUGGGCGGCCGGAGGGCAGAAAGGGCCCGUGGAACCUUCCAGAACGGUGUGGUCUUCAGCAGCCGGCCGGUGAAGGUGAGGGAGAGGAUACGCUUGCGAGUGGAGGUCUGGGACCAGCACUGGGAAGGGGCUCUUCGGCUAGGGUUCACCGCCGUCCCCCCCGUGUGGGCUUCCCCCGCUGCCAUGGCGAUUCCACACCUGACGGACAAGCCCGGCUACUGGGCGGGGGUGGUGCCGGACUCGCUCGCCCCACUGGGCUCGGAGCUGUGCUUCUGGGUGGACCCCCAGGGGCGGGUCAUCUUGGAGAACAGCAGCGGACAGACAGGCGUGCUGCAGGAGGGCGUGGACGUCAGACGAAAGCUGUGGGCCAUGAUUGACGUGUACGGACAGACACGAGCAGUGCUCUUAUUGGGAUCGGAGAAGAAGGGAAAAUUUGGGAUAAGGAGAUCCUGCCCCACUCCGCCCCCACCUCCAGUGUCCCGUGGAGACAGCUGCCUGUGUGUUCCCAAAGGCAGGACCUUCCAUGUGCACAGAAGCACUGCCUCUCUUCCACAACAGCAGCAGCUCCCUGACACAGCGCCCCCUACAGGUGUGCAUUUGGAGGAGGACUGUUCCGUCUGUCUGUCCUUGAGGGCCAGUGUCACCCUGUCCUGUGGUCACCGGUGCCUUUGCACCCCCUGUGCCACCAGAGUGGCCGAAGAGUUUGGCAGCUGCCCCCUCUGCCGUCAGCCAAUCAUUGGUUUCUGCGAUGUGCAUGAGGGCUGAGGAGGCGGAGCCAGCAAGAGGGAGUGAUCUGAUUGGCUGUUCCCUUCACAAGCUGAAACUGCACAGCACACUGAUUCAGUGCUGCUUCUCUGGCAUUGCUGUACAUCAGCAUGAAAUACAAUGUAAGAAAUGUCAGGAACAAGGGGGACAGCGUGUUGGGCGGAGUUUAUAGCCGUUGGGUUCUGUGUUCAAAUCCUGGCAUAAGACACUUCCUGCUGUGCUCUUAUUCAGGCACUGUUGGCUGACUUUCUGCAGGAAGUGCCUGGGCAGCUAAUGAACAUGACAGUCUGCUACCACUGCAAAGAGCACCUGAAGCUCUAAAGGUCUAAGCAGGUUAUUUCACUAAAUGCGCAGCAGCCUAAUUUAAAAAAUGGUACAUAAUCCUGUUAACUUGCAUAAACUACCACACAAACACAUACGUGUAAAAAGUAGUUACAUAUAGUGGCUCCAAAAUCUGCACAGUCUUGCAGUGUGCACAGCCUUAAUAUCUGCACAGCCUUGCAGUGUGCACAGCCUUAGUAUCUGCACAGCCUUGCAGUGUGCACAGCAUUAAUAUCUGCACAGCAUUGUAGUGUGCACAGCCUUAAUAUCUGCAGUCUUGCAGUGUGCACAGCCUUAGUAUCUGCACAGUCUUGCAGUAUAAAGACAUCAUCUGCUUCUCCAGCCUGGACAUGCCCGGACCGAAAUGAUUGUUUGAGUAUAUCUGCACAUCGUGCAGAGAGGGUGGCUACGGCCCCCAGGCACCUGCCCCUUUCACUUGAUUUCAAACAAUUUUCAUCUAUCCAUUAUCUAUACCCGUUUUUCCUGAGCAGGGUUGCAGGGGGUGCUGGAGCCUAUCCCAGCGUGCAUUGGGGGAGAGGCAGGAAUACACCCUGGACAAGCCGCCAAUCUAUCACAGGGCAUACACACCACUCACUCACACACUCAAACCUAGGGGCAAUUUAGGGCCUCCAGGCCGACCUACAUGUUUUUGGACUGUGGGAGGAAACCGGAAUACCCAGAGGGAUUGCCGAGAUUUGGCUACCCACUGCACCACCAUGCAACCCUUCAAAAAAUGUGAUUUUAGUAUUGUUGCUGUAAUUCAUGCUUUCUGCACAACCCUGUACUACGUACUGAAACCAAUUAGACCCAUAUUCUCAUAACUCCUAAAAUGUCUAUAUUGAGACAAUAUACUGUAGUAAUAUAGGGUUGAUGUUAAAAAUUCAUUUAGUAAAAUAUUGUAUGUACAGUAAUGAUGUAAUAAACUGUUAAUUCAAGACAAAAUAAAUAUAUAAUACAUUUUUA